UUCCCUCCACACCAAACAAAACUACAACUACCAAAAAAAAAACUGAAUAGGCGAAACGAUGGAGACGACGGCGAAUCUGUUGGCCUUACCGGAGGAUUGCAUCGCCACCGUGAUUUCCUUCACCAGCCCUCUCGAUGCUUGCCGGAUUUCCUCCGUCUCCGCCGCACUUCGCUCCGCCGCGGAAUCCGACACCGUCUGGGAGAGGUUUCUCCCGGCGGAGUUUCGCCAGUCGCCGGCUUCGUCGAAGAAGGAGCUCUUUCUCUCUCUCUCCGACAUCCCUCUUCUCGUUGAGAAUGGCAAAAUGAGCCUUACAUUGGAGAGACGAAGUGGGAAGAAGUGUUACAUGUUGUCUGCAAGGGAACUGAUGAUCACUUGGGCUGAUUCUCCUGCAUACUGGAAAUGGACUUCGAUCCAUGAAUCCAGGUUUGCUGAGGUUGCGGAGCUUGUAAGUGUGUGUUGGCUCGAAAUCCGCGGGAGGAUUCACAUCUCCGUGCUCUCCAAGGAAACCGUUUAUACAGCUUACCUCGUCUUCAAGCAAAAACGAUCGUACGGGUUCGAUUACCAGCCUGUCGAGGCGAGUUUCGGACCUGCAGACAGCAAAGCUGACAAAAGAACAGUGUUCUUAGCGACGGGCAACGAGAGGAGACUCGGAUACCAUAUCCAAACACGCCAUUACGGGCUGGUAUCGACGGAAAACGGGUCGGGGAAUCAGACUUCUCGCGUGGAUACCGAUGAUAAAACCCGGAAUCACAUAAGCGAAAGAAAUGACGGGUGGCUAGAGGUCGAGCUGGGCGAGUAUUUCGUCAAGGCAGGAGCCGAGGAGGAACUCGAAAUGAGCAUUUUGGAGAUCAGUGGCGGCAAUUGGAAGGGAGGAUUACUGAUUCAGGGUAUCGAGAUUAGGCCGAAAAGGGUCUGAAUCGCGGUUCGGAUCCCAUGAAUGUUUCUUUUUUUCAUCGUUCGUGUUUCAUCUCUAUCCAUCAAUGUACUAUAUACUACGAUUAUAUGAAUGAGUUGCCGAUUUCAUUCCGUUAA